GCAGAUGUAUUCGUUUAAACUCAAGCUGCGGCGCGGCCUUGAAAAAUCGAUAAAAAGAAAGUUCAAAUCGGUAUGAUCAAUUGUGUCCAAAAGACUCAAAACCCUUGCCCUCAAAUCAAGAAUUUGCCUAACCGCAAAUAAUCGUCUCGGGUUUGAUUGGGUGGAUGAAUCCGCAUCCAUGGCACUCCCCUUCGUGUAAUAAAAAUUCAAGUCCCGGAUAUCUUGGCAUUGAUCUCUUCCAAUAUAUAAUCCCGUUUUUACAAUUAUCUUCUUUGCUUUUUUCUUUUUCUUCUUUAUUAUAAAAAUGGAAAAAUCGAACAAGAAAGAAUACGUUGCUGUCCCAACCAGUGACGUCGAAGCAGCAGCACUUCCUGCUUAUGAAGAAACUGAUCCUACAGCUACAGCCAACGCUAAAAAACGCAAGAAUGUUAGAUUUUUGUUAAUUGGUGGUGCUAUUGCUCUUCUGGGUUUGACACAUAUUUGUACCAGCAAUUAUAUGUCUGAAGAUUCUGUCUUCGCCGGUGACGCAUUGGCUCAAUACGAAGAUCGUGAACCAUGUGCCUUGAAGCACCUUGAACAAUAUAAUGAAUUGAAGGAACAUAUGGCUGACUUAAAAUCAACUUUCGGUGUCCCCCAUCACCAUCAAGGACGUCCUGAUUUUGAACAUUUAAACGGUUUAGAAGGACCUCCACCUCAUCAUAUUAAACAUAAAGAGCAUAAAAACAAGCACCACAAGCAUCAUAAGGGAAAGAAGAAUCAUGACGAUCCUACUCCUCCUCCUCCUCCCUCAAAUAUGUGGGUGGAUGAUUUCGAUCCUCACCAUGAAUCUGCUUCCGUUCCUCCUCAUCAUGGUGGUCAUGUCAAAGAUCACCAUAAAGAGCAUAAGCAUAAGCAUCAUGAAGGAAAGAAGUCCCAUGACAAACCUGCCGGGGCCUUGAUGGAAAACGAAUGGACUGAUGAAAACUCUAGUCCUGCUUCUGAAAAAGCUCUUGUUACGGAAGGUCACAAGAAGAAGAAGAAGAAUGGCUACUUUUCCCGUGGUGGACAUGUUCGUCUUUCCAAGUCAACUGACAAAUCUGUCACUGAUGUCAAGGUUACUGUUACUCUUUAUACUGGUCGCGAAGAUCUCAAGAAGGAAGUCAAGUUGUCUGCCUUCGAUCAUGAAGGUCAGUACGCUGUUCAAAUUGAGCGCGGCCACUUCAAGGGAGCCCUUCCUCCUACUGAACCUCCUCAUGACGACCCUCCUCAAGAUGGUACUGAAGGUGAACAUGCUCAUAUCCACAAAAGUCAUAAGGAUGGUGAUAAGGAAGAUCAUAAGCAAGAAAACUGUCUUGUCUACAAUGUUGAUGUUGAAUUUCCCUCCAACAUUGACUAUUUUGAGGAUGUCCAACUUCACAUCAAGUCUGCUCAACGUAUUGAAGGUGGCUCUGGACUCGAUGGAAUGGAGUUCGGAACUGUUAAGGCCGGCCUCGGUCGUGGUGCCAUUAUCUUUGAUGGUUUGAAAGCCAAGAAACUUCUUCUUGGCGUCGUUAACGGCGUCGUUAUGGGUACUUACCAACCUAGUGAAACUUUUGCUGCUGGUGUUGUUCGUGGCGCUGCCAAGGUCAAUAUUGAACCUACUGGAGAGAAUGUUAACAUUACUGCAUCUUCCACUUUCGGUCCUGCCAGUGUUGAUAUUCCGGCUGAUAAAUUUAAGGGAGACUUCACUUUGUUUAAUCUUUUUGGUGAAACAUCAUCCGUUUCUGCUCCCAAUCCUGAGGAUGUACAUGUCACUAAGUUCAGACCUACUCUCAAGACUGGUUACUACAAGGAAGAGAACCCUGCUUCUCGCAUUGUUGUCUCUGCCAAGAUUCACGGCGGUGAAUACAUUUCUUUCAACUAAGGUUUCUCUUUUCAAACUUUGUACAAGUAAAAUAAAUUCUAUAAGAAUAGCCUAAUUUCUUAUGUCAUUCUUCGUAUCAUUAAGCUUUGUGGCACAUUAAUCUAUUUUAACUAUCUGCAUUAUGAUUUUACCAAAGGGUGUUUUUGUACCACUAGCCCGGUAUUAUUUUCCUACAUGAUAAUUAAACCAUCAUUGGGGUAUUUUGCCA